AUGAAUAGUGUCUGUAAUACUGUCCCCAGGAAACAUCAAGUUGAACUUAAGAACAAAUACUUUGAGCUAGAUCUGCUCGGUGCAGGAGGCUUUGGAACAGUGUUUGCUGGCUUCCGCAAAUCAGAUUCUGUUCCGGUGGCGAUCAAGCACAUACCGCGGAAAAAUCUUUUAUCCAAACAAGUGUGCCUGAAUGGAAAGAUGCUCCCAACAGAGGUGGCCAUAAUGAUGAAACUAAGCGCAGCAAAAAAUGACUCUGUGGGGACGUCAGCACCAGUAGCAUUACUGGACUGGUAUGACCUGGGCCAUGAGUUGAUCGUGGUGAUGGAGAGACCUGUCCCUGCCGUUGACCUGUCCACAUAUAUAAAGCGCAAAAGAGGCUGCCUACGGGAGUCUAAGGCCAAGACUAUAAUGAAGCAGCUGGUGGACGCAGCCAUUGGGCUGGAGCAGAACAGAGUCUUUCACCGGGACAUCAAAGCUGAAAAUAUCCUGAUUGAGACUGGCGAAAGUGUCCCACGGGUUCGCCUCAUUGAUUUUGGGCUGAGCUGUGUUGUGAAGAAAGGGACAAUUUACACAGCAUUUUGUGGCACUGAAAGGUACGCCCCUCCAGAGUAUUGCAGCUACUCUGUCUACAGGGCUGGUCCCAGCACAGUGUGGCAGCUUGGCACAGUCCUAUAUGAGAUGCUCCACAAAAAGAUAUUCAAAACCAAAUGCUUCCUCAGCAAAAAACUGGAAAUCAGCAGCAAACUACGCGAAGACCUCAAGGAUUUCCUCCAGCUGUGUCUGGAGGAGGACCCUAAGCUGCGUCCCACCCUGACAGAGCUGCAGCUUCACCCAUGGCUGAAAUAA